AAAAUGAAAUACCUACAAAUGAUGACGCUAAAGAAUGGUACAUCAAAAAUUAUGCACCAGCGAAAGAAGGACACCAACCAAUGACAACACAUAAAGGACUACGGCAAACGUCGACACCAACGCCAAAGAACGACGACACCAACAAUCACGAUGCCCAAGAACGAUGA